AUGGGAUCCANUCAUAAGGGAGAGGACCUUUUUCGUGAUCUGUUUACUGGUGUCGACGAUGUUGACGACACUAGUGAUGCAACGGAUAUUUUCCACGGAGUGCAACAGGCUUUGAAUUGGGUAAGAUUUAACUUACUUUUCGCAACAGUUCAUCGAGAAGCAUGUUCUCGGUCUCGUGUCGAGCUGCAUCGAUGCGAGGCCGACCUCCAACGGGUCACAGAGGAGAGGAACACCCUUAAACUCCUCUUAGAGCAAAGGGGAGAGGAAAUUAAGGACCUCCGAGCUGAGUUGGCCAAGGCUCACCAAGGUCAGAUCGAUCUGACCGAGAAGCAAAAGCUUGAGAUGAUCGGGAAACUCCGUGAGGAGAUCGAUAUGAUAAAGGCGGAGUCCUUGAAAUUGAAAAAAAAUAUGGACCUCUUUGCUGCAGAGUACUUUGACUCGAGCUUCCACGACAUCGAUAAGCGGCCUUCCGGCCUUAGGCGUCAAGUUGUUGAUUUUAUCUUGAAGGUCGACUUCGUUGUCAAUAGGAUUCUCUCCCCUAGUGCGGUUGCAACGGCUCUUGUCUGUGAGUUCGAUAUUGGCGCGAGCUCGGCAUUGACUCGAGCUCUCGAUCUUGACUCGAGCUCGAUUCUGACUCGAAGUCCGGAGUACCAUUUCAAUAUUGAAGAAGCUACAAUCAAAGACAUACAAUUGGCCUUUGCCCAAAACAAGCUCACAUCAAGAAAACUCGUUGACUUGUACUUGCAUAAAAUUGAGACCCUUAAUCUUGUUCUUCGUGGAGUUAUCGAAGUGAAUCCGGACGUGCGAAAACAAGCCGAUGAAGCUGAUAAACAAAGGGAGAUAAUUAAGAAGAAAAUGAGCAGUUUACACGGUAUUCCUGUUCUGGUCAAAGAUAGCAUAGCAACAAAGGAUAAACUUAAUACUACUGCGGGGUCUUACGCGUUGCUAGGUUCAGAGGUGCGUAGAGAUGCUACAGUUGUGGAGAGGCUAAGGAAUGAUGGUGCUUUGAUUUUGGGAAAGGCUAGUAUGAGUGAAUGGUACCAUUUUCGAUCUUUCAGUAUUCCUGAUGGAUGGUCUGCUACAGGUGGCCAAGGUGUGGUGAGCCUCAAACCCACCGUUGGACUCACUAGCCGUGUUGGUGUCAUUCCCCUCUCUCCUCGACAGGACACAAUUGGGCCCAUAUGCAGAACGGUUUCAGAUGCUGUAUAUGUUCUUGAUUCCAUUGUUGGCUUCGAUAUAAGAGACCUUGAAGCAACAAGGGCAGCAGCAAAGUUCAUUCCAGCCGGUGGUUAUAAACAAUUUCUCAAUGAAGAUGGCCUUAAGGGAAAGAGAUUGGGUGUGGUAAGACAUCCUUCGAUAUUGACUGGUCAUUUGCAGACACUAAGGCAAAGAGGUGCAGUUGUAUUGGAUAAUCUUGAAAUUCCAAAUAUUGAUGUGGUUUUAGACCCCAAUCAAAGUGGUGCGGAAGUGGCAUUACUAGCAGAGUUCAAGCUCUCACUCAACAAUUAUCUAGCAGAGCUAGUCACACUCCCAGUUAGAUCACUCGCUGAGAUAAUAGCCUUCAACCAGAAUAACCCAAAAUUGGAAGGAAGUAAAAGCUUUGGUCAAGAAAUUUUCAUAGCAGCAGAAGCAACAAAAGGGAUUGGAGAGAAAGAGAGGAAGGCAAUGGCGAUGAUGGAGAAACUUUCAGAAGAUGGAUUUGAGAAACUGAUGAUAGAGAAUGAACUGGAUGCCUUAGUGAACAUAGGUUCAGGUGUUUCCACAGUUUUGGCUAUUGGAGGAUAUCCAGCAAUAAUAGUUCCUGCUGGUUAUAAUAGUACUAAUGGUAUGCCUUUUGGUAUAUGCUUUGGAGGGGUGAAAGGAAGUGAACCAAAGCUGAUUGAGAUCGCUUAUGCUUUUGAACAAGCGACCAUGAUCUGCAGACCUCCUUUCUCCAAGUCAAUUAAUACUCUUAUUCCUUCAUUUUAAAAGCUUCAAAGUUCUUGGUUUUGUGGGGAAUUCAA